CCGGUUCUCCUCUCCUCACCCGCGCCAGAGCUGCCCGAACCUAAGAUGGCGGCAGGCGGAGUCGGCGCGGCCGCGCUGGGCGGGGCCUCGGUGAUACGACGUGGCCGAGGGCGGUGCUAGCGCCCUCGCCCCGCCUGCUCGGCCCCGAGCCCCCGGCUGUCGGGUGGGAGGGCUUCGCUCUGCCAGGUACGCGCACACCUGCUCCCCGUAGGCGAAAUGAAGUCCCCGGAUCCACGCCGGGCCCUGAACGAUGGCGAGGACAGCACGGACAGCACGCCUCUCCUGCGGAGCGCCCCGCGGGCCGAAGCCGCUCCAGUGUGCUGCUCUGCUCGUUACAACUUAGCAGUUUUGGCCUUUUUUGGUUUCUUCGUUCUCUAUGCAUUACGAGUGAAUCUGAGUGUUGCAUUAGUGGAUAUGGUAGAUUCAAAUACAACUUCAGAAGAUAAUAGAACUUCUAACGAGUGUGCAGAGCAUUCUGCUCCCAUAAAAGUUCUUCGUAAUCAAACAGGUAAAAGGUAUCAAUGGGAUGCAGAAACUCAAGGAUGGAUUCUCGGUUCUUUUUUUUAUGGCUACAUCAUCACACAGAUUCCUGGAGGAUAUAUUGCCAGCAAAGUAGGGGGGAAACUGCUGCUAGGAUUUGGGGUCCUUGGCACCGCUAUCUUCACCCUGUUCACUCCCCUUGCUGCAGAUUUAGGAGUUGGACCUCUCAUUGUACUCAGAGCACUAGAAGGACUAGGAGAGGGAGUUACAUUUCCAGCCAUGCAUGCCAUGUGGUCUACCUGGGCUCCCCCUCUUGAAAGAAGCAAGCUUCUUAGCAUUUCAUAUGCAGGAGCGCAGCUUGGGACAGUAAUUUCUCUUCCUCUUUCUGGAAUAAUUUGCUACUAUAUGAAUUGGACUUAUGUCUUCUACUUUUUUGGUAUGGUUGGAAUAUUUUGGUUUAUUUUAUGGAUCUGGCUAGUUAGCGAUACACCAGAAACUCACAAGAGAAUCUCCCAUUAUGAGAAGGAAUACAUUCUUUCAUCAUUAAAAAAUCAGCUUUCUUCACAGAAGUCAGUGCCGUGGAUACCCAUGUUAAAAUCACUACCACUUUGGGCUAUUGUGGUUGCACAUUUUUCUUACAACUGGACUUUUUACACUUUAUUGACAUUGUUGCCUACUUAUAUGAAGGAGAUCUUAAGGUUUAAUGUUCAAGAGAAUGGGUUUUUAUCUGCGGUUCCUUAUUUUGGCAGUUGGUUAUGUAUGAUCCUGUCUGGUCAAGUUGCUGACAAUUUAAGGGCAAAAUGGAACUUUUCAACUAUAUGUGUUCGAAGAGUUUUUAGCCUUAUAGGAAUGAUUGGACCUGCAGUAUUCCUGGUAGCUGCUGGAUUUAUAGGCUGUGAUUAUUCUUUGGCUGUUGCAUUUCUAACCAUAUCAACAACAUUGGGAGGCUUUUGCUCUUCUGGAUUUAGCAUCAACCAUUUGGAUAUUGCUCCUUCGUAUGCUGGUAUACUCCUGGGCAUCACAAAUACAUUUGCCACUAUUCCAGGAAUGGUUGGGCCUGUCAUUGCUAAAAGUCUGACCCCUGACAACACUGUUAGAGAAUGGCAAACUGUCUUCUGUAUCGCUGCUGCUAUUAAUGUGUUUGGCGCCAUGUUCUUUACACUAUUUGCCAAAGGCGAAGUGCAAAACUGGGCUCUCAGUGAACAACACAGACACAGAAACUAAAGGAGCCAGUAAAUAACCCUGUCUGUAUUAAUGUAUUUUUAUAUAUCAUGUAACCUAAAAGUGCCUUUGAUAUUUUAAUGUAUAAGCAUUCUAUAUACAAAAAAAAAUGUACCUGUAUUAAAUUUUUAAAGCUUGUAAUCAUGAUAUUUCACUAGUUGCCAAAUUAGUAAAAUUAGCUAUUUUUAAUUAUUAAUUAUAUAUGCUGGAACUUAUACUUUAGGUUCACAUUGCUUGACUGCAAGUCAGGCAACAUGAAGUAAGGGAGUUUUAUUUAUUUUUAAGGGCCAUACUUAAGGGAAUGAGCUAAAAUGGACCUCUCUAAUACCUUUGCUUAACUAAACUAGAUAAUAAUUCUCAGGUCUUGGUAAACACCUGUUUUUAUCCACUUUCCUCAUAAAAAUUAUUUAUCAGCUCUCUGUGACACUUAGGUCUCAACUUUUAGCAUCGCCGUGGAGCUGUCAGACACUGUGGAAUUUGGCCUGGCAGCUGGACUGAGGGAAGCAUGCCCAGACAGCUGCCAAGCAUUCCGUCCCUGGCUUCAAAGUGCCCGGCACUUGUGAGAGGCAGCAUCCAAGCCCAGGGUUAGUGUCAAGUCUUUGGAUGGUGUUCUUCCUCCCUGGAGCUAUUAAUGUGUAGAUAAAGCCCUGCAUAGGCAGGAGCAGUGAGACACACAGCUAUGAUCUUGAUGCGUCCUCAGACUUUCCCUUCCCAGCACACUGGAACGCUGACUGGCAUGCAGCCUGCUAUAGAAAAGCGUGAUGCACAAUCCAUCACAAAUAAUGUCAUCGUUAAUUAAAACUACUUUCAUGUGGAUCAGAGUAUAAAUUUCCAAGUUCUUUGUUUUUUAAGCUACAUGAGAAUAAAUUUUUUUUAACUCUCCCUUUUUCUUCAAGUCUGUCUUCAUGUAAGCUUCUGGUUGAAGUUAAAGUGACUUUUAAAGAACACAUCACUGGAGACCCGUGUAAUCAUCUUUAUUGCUGGCUCCUGAAAUCACGUUUUUGCAGCUUUUUCCUGGACCAUCUUCUGGUGGUUAUUGAGGAUGCUUCCAGGACAAUUAUGUGAUUUAAAACUUAGUUUGUGUUUUGUUGUAUUUGUUCAACACUACCUGUAAUAUUUUAACUACAACUGCUUGAUGUAUUAUGAUGUGAAUACAUUUAUGGAAAUUUAUUUUUAAAUUUGUAAAUAGCUUUAAGUUGCUAUGGUGAUAUUUCUUUUAUAAAUCAUCAAAAUAAACCUUUUUAGAUUGA